GGAAAAAAAAAUGUAAAUUUUCCGUGAUGGAGCAAUAAUUUCGAUCUCCCAUUUCUACGCGAACUAUACGAAACGUUUCGAACCUUUAGUGAAAAAAAUAAACACUUUGCGAUUGUCUCGUGUUGUAGCAGGCUGAAAAAUAUCGGACAAAUCAUCUUCAAUUACCUCUGAAAACCCAUCAUAUUGAAGAAAACCGAUCAGUUUACUGGACUGUAAACAUAACCUCACUUUCGUUAAAAAAUCAAUAAUCCAGAUUUUCCCGUUGAUUAUUUAAGUCAAAAAACUGAUUCAUAUUAGACCGUUUCGACGAACGAGAGAUGAUUUAACGCCGUGUUAUCGCUAAAAAACGCUAAGUAUAGCAGUUCGAAGGGCGGCUAUUCAUCGUCGACAACGUCGUCGGACAGUCGAUACGAGGGGCGAAUGCGCGAUUCCCCAAAUGGUAACUCGUACAGUCCGGCAGGAGGCAUGGGGAUGGCGAUGGGAGCGGACCGCGAUAGCCCUCGUAGCUACCCAGCGAAACCUCUUUACAAAAAGGAGAGAGAAAACAGAGACUACAAGCUAUCCUCUAGGGACAAGUAUUCGGCCCUAACAUGCUUGCUUGCAUAUGUGUAGAUUGUGCACGAUCCCCGAAAGACAAGAGAAGCCGUGAAAGUAGGGACUCUGAGCACAGGACCAACCAUGAUAGGAGCGGCGCAGAGAUUUUACAUCCCUUAAAACUAUCGUCAAAUUCAUCACGAGAUUCGGCAUCUCAACGAAAACCAGCACAUAAUUCCUGUCAGGACAAACGGGGUGAUGAGCGAGGUGGUGGCGCCAUGGAGAGAACGGCUCGAUUUGGGGACUGGUCGGAGCACAUGAGCUCAUCUGGGAAAAAGUAUUACUACAAUUGCAAGACGGAAAUCUCGCAAUGGGAGAAACCCAGAGAAUGGAUCGUCCGGACAGACAGUCGGCAACGUCAAUCUAACGAUUAUUCAUCUAGGUCAAGUCAUGAUAAACAUUCCAACUCAAGAUCAAAUAGUAGCAGUAGCAACGUCCGGGACGGCAAGUCAUCGCGGCAGUCUGAUAAACGGGAGUAUUGGAGCUCGUGUGGCGGAAGUAGCGGUGGUAGUAGCAGGGAGGAUAUUUCAAUUAGAGAACGAGAACGUGACAAAGAACGAGAAAGGGAACGCGAAAGAGAAAGAGAAUCCUGCAGGGAAGAGGUGGGAGUGGAACGUCAGGCACAAGAUAUGGACAUCUCGCCGGGCGACUCCACACCCACCUCGGAACCCCUAACUUCUAGUACUCACGAUACACUGCCACAAGGGCCUGUACUCCUUGCAACUGCGUUACCUCGUCUGACUUCGCACCCACCGUCAACACCACAAACACCCGGAAAGCUUAGUUCACCGACUCAACAACAGGGAAACAGUAAUGCGCCGGGACCACCUGUUUCCCUCGUUAAUUUACCAAGGCUUUUGUCACAAAUCACUGGAAAUAAAGAACAGCCCGACAUCACCCCGCAAAAAGCACUCCAAACCAUACAAACAGCCAUCAUGCUCUCUCGCCAAAAAUUCACCAUUUUACAGCAGUCAGGUAGCAGCGAUAGAGGUAACGGUGGCAAUGAUGUGAUGGCUCCGUUGAAAGUCGACACUACAGGAAACGUAGCAAGUGAGGGACCACCCACUCCGACGCAUUCGGAAACGCAGGACUGUAUCGAUGCUCGAAAGUUGACAAGUCCUGGUGGGACAAAUCCUGGAGUACAAGGUGUCAGCUCUCUGCAAGGGUUGGGGACACUGGCGUCGUUAAGUAGUCUAGGAAACGGGGGAGGACUGCAAGCCUUGUCCAGGGUGCAGCCUCCGCUUACCCCUUCCCUCACACCCUCGCUAGCCAAUCAUUACCGAGAGGAUUUAACGCAGCACGUGCGUGCUUUUCCUGCUGACAACCUUGAGAAACAGGCACAAAAACUCAGCGAGGAAGCACACACAAUGGGUAGCCUGCAGUGUACACGAGUCUCAGCUGAGCUCAAAACAGCCCGGUCAAUAGUGAGGCUAACGGAAAUCCAGGCGACAUUACAGGAACAAAGGAUAUUAUUUCUCCGUCAGCAAAUUCAGACACUGGAAGAGUUAAAAUCCCAAAAUUCCUUUAUGUCCGACGAUUCUUAGUGUAAUGGACUUUAUAAUAUAAUAUAAUAUAAUACAAUAAUAAUAAUAAUAAUAAUAAUAAUAAUAAUUACACCCUAUAAUUAAUUGAAGCGAGAAAAAAAAUAAAAUAAAAAUAAUAAAACAUAAUUAUUAAUAUUCUCAUUAAUAUUGAAUAAUUAAGAUUGUACCUAAAUUAUAAUAAUAUCGUAAUAGAAGUGAUAUGAAUAUAGUAAUUGAUAUAACAGUCGGGCUGCUCGGAGAGGAUGAGACGCUUUGCGAGCUGUGUCGAUUGAUGAGUCUUGUUGUUGUUGUUGUUGUUGUUAUUAUUAUUAUUAUCAUUAUCAUCAUCAUCAUCAUCAUCAUCAUCAUUGCUAUUAUUAAUUAUUAAACAAAUUAUGAAUUCAAUCCUCUCUGAGAAGCACGUAAGGCCUACCCAACCACAAGAAAGAAAAAUAAUAAUAACAACAAUAGUAAUAAUAAUGAUAAUAAUAUACUAUUCAUCCGCCACACUCAAGUUAGUGAAAUGAGUUGAAUCUUCUAUAUCGGUCCAAUUCUAAAAAAAUGUACUAAAGCUUGCAUUACGAUGAUGUAGAAACACACACGCACAGGCACACAUCCCUUGUAUUUACCUUUGUUGUACGUGUCAAUGUUUCAUAUCCCAUAAGGAAAAUGCGGCAUUUUAACUAGUUGGAAAAAAACUAUAUAUAUAUAUAUAUAUAUAUAUAUAUAUAUAUACAUAAAUAUAUAUAUAUAUAUAAAAGGGGGAAACGUUUUGUUGUAAAUCUAGGAAUAAAAUUCAUGCCACAAUUUUUAAUCCAAUUCUUUAUACCACCAUUUUCUUAUAUUGACGAUCUAAGGUCUCUAGUUGCUGGUUUCAAAAGUAUCAGUUUGUUGUUGUUGUUAUCAUUAUUGUUGUUAUUAUUAUCGUCAUCGUCAUCAUUAUUAAGGCACGCAAGCAUCUUUAGCUCUUUUUGUUGUAAGAGACGUACUUUUGGUCGGUGUGAUUGUAAUUGUCCAGCCUUCGUACCUAUGCAGCAGCAAAGUUUUUCUAAGAAAUGAAUGGCAAACGAGAAAAAAAAAAAAACCAAAAAAAAACCUUUUAAAAAAAGUAAAAGAAAAAAAAAACC